CUCUCUCUCUCCCUCUCUCUCUCUCUCUCUCGUAGUUUUCAAAAACUUUGUCACUCUAAAAAAAAAUGGGAAGGCAUUCUUGCUGCUACAAGCAGAAGCUGAGAAAAGGCCUCUGGUCGCCGGAGGAAGACGAAAAGCUCGUCAACCAUAUCACCAGAUACGGCCAUGGCUGCUGGAGCUCUGUCCCAAAACUUGCAGGGCUGCAAAGGUGCGGCAAGAGCUGCCGGCUGAGAUGGAUCAAUUAUCUGAGGCCUGAUUUGAAACGUGGCACGUUUUCGCAGGAGGAGGAGGAUUUGAUCGUCGACCUGCAUUCUGUCCUUGGAAAUCGGUGGUCACAGAUUGCGGCGCAGCUGCCGGGGAGAACGGAUAAUGAGAUCAAGAAUCUUUGGAAUUCGUCGAUCAAGAAGAAGCUCCGCCUGAAGGGAAUCGACCCGACGACCCACCGCCCGCUUUCCGACGACAUUAGCGACGCCCGCCGCGAUACGGCGGCGGCGGCGGGCGGCGCCGCCGAUAAGGCGUCGCAGGGCUCCAGCGAGCUCAGCUUCGACAGCCACGGCGGCGGAAUUUCAGAAACUCGAUCAGCCUCCGAUCGGAUACUGCUCAAUAGACUUGUCGGCAAGCCACCGGCGGCGGCGGCGGCCGCCGCCGCCGCCGAUGAGCUGUCCGGGCUGCUCUCCUUCAAUGCCGCAGUGAUUCCGAUGACGCCGCCGGACGCCAAUAUCUUCUUCGGCGCGCCGCCGCCGCCGGAUUUUUCAAUUUCUUCCCCUGACGUAAAUCUCCCUUCCCAAAUCCUCCCCGGCCCGGCCCGAAUAAAGCCCGCCGACGACGUCGAGAAUUGGGGCUCCGGCGCCGGCAGGGCGACUAAUGUAAGCGCGGCCAGCAUUCCCUUUCCGUGGACGGCGGCGCCGGCGACGAAGACUGAGAAAGAUAGUCCAUUUAUGGAGUGGGCCGAUUAUUUGCAACUACAAGCUCCAUAUUUAUUGGGAAAUCCGACGGUUCAAGAUCACCAACAAAACCCGUACGGACCGCCGUUCGCCAUGGACGGACCUCUCACCGCCGCCGCCGCCGCCACGUGGCAUCAAAAUCCGGGGCAGAGCCAAUUCCAGCGUCUCCCGGGAGCUCAAUUCCACCAAUUCUCGACAUGAUUAAUUAAUAAUUUAAUUAAUUAUUAAAUUUCACGAAAAGUGUGCUUUCUUGUGUAGAACAUAAUCAGCCAUCAAACAUUCCUUCGAUAUCAAUUCCCAAUCUGUAAAUAACCAUCCCCCAUCACAACCCUUUUUUUUUUCUUCUUCUCUUUCAAUGUGCAGUGAUGA